GUUUGAGGGCGUGGGGUGAAUGGGGCUAAUGCAACCAGAAUGAACUGGUUUGGAGACAAAGCUGGGGUUGGGGAGGAGCAGAGGAGACAGAAGCAACAAGAGACACAAGUUUCCCUCAACUCUCCAACGACCGCUGAACAAGAUGAAGGCCGAGAUGCUGCUGCUGCUGCUGCUGGUCGCCGUCAUCAGCGUCCAGACUGUAGCUGGAGGGAAAAACAAGAAAGAGAAAAACAAACCCUCGGAUUCCGGGUCAGAAUGCUCCGACUGGCGCUAUGGCAACUGUGUCCCUAGCAACGGGGACUGUGGAGCCGGCUUUAGAGAGGGGUCAUGUGACCAGCAGACCAAGAAGAUGAAAUGUAAAGUACCCUGCAACUGGAAAAAGGACUUUGGAGCCGACUGCAAGUACCGGUUUGAUAACUGGGGAGAGUGUGAUCCAACCUCCGGCUCGCGGACCAGAACAGGGACGUUGAAGAAGGCUCUUUAUAACGCAGAAUGCCUACAAACUAUUUCAGUCUCCAAACCCUGUCCUGGAACAACCAAGACAAAAACCAAAGGAAAGAAGAGGAAAGGGAAGGGGAACUAGAAGACUCUCCAGGGAGUCUUCAGAACGACGAAGCAAACUUUAUUGUCUGAAGCAGCUGGACGGUUCAGCCAACAGCGAUAGUUAGAGCUUAUUUCCAUUCACACGUUUCUGAGUGUUCUCUGGCUUUCCUACAUCACGACAUUUUUUAACAGAUAUGAGAAGUCUGGACCUCACAUUAAAUGUAUAAAAAUACACUAAACCUCUAGAUUAGGACUGAUAACUUGAGAAUGAAUGCUAUAUUACUAUGUUUGUGUUAGAAAUCUGCCUCUCCACUUCUUUGUUAUAAACUAUAGAAUUAUUAUAGAUAUAAAAACUUGAUUAUCCAACAUGUGAGUCAUUAUUCUCAUAUUUCUCUGCUUCGGAUGUCGGCAGCAUCUAAACACAAACUGAACAAUCCAGACAAGAAUGCGUUUAUUUCACUUGUUCUAACCUCGAUAGUUACUUGUGGAUUUCUUCUACUUUAAAUAUUGGUAAAACCAUUUUCUGUGAGGACUUCUCUAAAUCUGAUUUAUUCUCCCGUCUUCCUUCCAGUUAGAAACUUGAUUUUUUUUUUGUCCUGUAGAUGGAUUGAUGCUACUGCUUUCCUUUUAUUAAACUCUAAGAACAUACUGUCACUGAUUGAUUUGAUUGGUUUCUUGACAUGUAGCCACUGGAAUGUGAGAAAAAUAAAGAAAAGAUAAAGACAAA